CAGUCGCUCGGGCAGGGCUCGGGGCGCGAGCCGGGCUCCUCCUGCACCACAUUCAUCCGCUGCCAAGGGGAGCAGCCGGGCGCUCGCAGGCUCGGCGCGCGCUGCCCGAGGGACGACCCGGCCGCCGCCGCCCCGCCGCCUCCCGGAGCCAUGACAGCGCUCGGCCACCCCACCGCCUUCGGCCGGGCCACCCACGCCGUGGUUCGGGCGCUGCCCGAGUCCCUGUGCCAGCACGCGCUGAGGCGCACCAAGGGCGACGAGGUGGAUUUCGCCCGUGCCGAGCGGCAGCAUCAGCUCUACGUGGGCGUGCUGGGCAGCAAGCUGGGGCUGCAGGUGGUGCAGCUGCCGGCCGACGAGAGCCUCCCCGACUGCAUGUUCGUGGAAGACGUGGCCGUGGUGUGCGAGGAGACGGCCCUCAUCACUCGACCCGGGGCGCCCAGCCGGCGGAAGGAGGUUGACAUGAUGAAAGAAGCAUUAGAAAAACUUCAGCUUAAUCUAGUAGAGAUGAAAGACGAAAAUGCAACCUUAGAUGGUGGAGACGUCUUAUUCACAGGCAGAGAAUUUUUUGUGGGCCUUUCCAAAAGAACAAAUCAACGAGGUGCUGAAAUCUUGGCUGAUACUUUUAAGGACUAUGCCGUCUCCACAGUCCCAGUGGUUGAUGCUUUGCAUUUGAAGAGUUUCUGCAGCAUGGCUGGGCCUAACCUGAUCGCAAUUGGAUCCAGUGAAUCUGCGCAGAAGGCCCUAAAGAUCAUGCAGCAGAUGAGUGAUCACCGCUAUGACAAGCUCACUAUGCCUGAUGACACAGCCGCAAACUGUAUUUACCUAAAUAUCCCCAGCAAAGGUCACGUCUUGCUACACCGCACCCCAGAAGAAUAUCCAGAAAGUGCAAAGGUUUAUGAGAAGCUGAAGGACCAUAUGCUGAUCCCCGUGAGCCAUUCUGAACUGGAAAAGGUGGACGGGCUGCUCACAUGCAGCUCGAUUUUAAUUAACAAGAAGGUAGACUCCUGAGUCAAAGUCCCACCCACCCCCCGUAGCCGGCAAUAUCGCACUCACAAGGCCGAUGACUGUACGCUCCUGUCGUGUUCAUUGACAAUCUACUUGCCACUGUGCUACUAACUCUGGUUUACAAAAGUCUCCUUCUGAGUUUGCUCCGUUCUGCACCCUCCCCACCCUCCCCUUGCGGUGGUACCUAAACUGUGGGUUUUGCUAAAUGAAUUAAGCAAUCUAGAAAAUAUAGAGCUCAUUGAAUUAUUGAACUGUGAUUAAUGGUAGCAAAGAAAUACUCAUUUUCGUGUUUGUGUUAUCAAUGUGAGUAUAUAUAUAUAUAUAUGCUGUUGAGUUGCCAGUAUUGGCUGAAGAAUGUCUUCUUGAUCAGUCAGAUAGGCCAGGGGUUCUUUCUUCCUGUUUGUAUUGUUCAUCAUCUUUGGUUCCUGUGAAAUUCCCUGGUUCCUGGCUUCUCCCCCUUUCCUUCCUUUUUUUCAUCUGAACUCUGGAUAUUCCAUUGCCAGUUGCUUUCUUUUGCCUUUCUCACUUCUGUUGCCUUGGGUAAAAUCCAGGGUCUUGCCUUCUGGGUACCUUCCUGCAGGUCCCUCCUGUCUGCUACAUUAGCCUCCUCUGACCCAUGGCUCCAUCUUCAGCCACCACCCUCACUGUCCCCAGGAAGGACAGACAGGUCCCUCAGCAGAACUGUGACCAAAAUCACAGUGACUGUUUGGGGAACAGUUAACCAGGCAUAGACAUAUCCUGAUGGGGUUUGUCCCGGACAUCUGAAUUCCAGAAGAAGUAGGGCACCACACCUAGGAAGGUAAAUUCGGCUCCAGAGGGUUGCUAGAGAUCGUAGAUCGAGAAGCCUGGAAACACCCCAUGGGCACAUCUCAGAAAUCUUUAAGUCACAUUCCAUGCAUUUUUGCUUCAUUACUGACCAUUUAUAGACCUGGGGGAACGGUCUUAUUUUUUCCUUCAGCUCCUUUCUCUUCCCACCUCCUCUCAUCAUGACUCACCUUACUUCCAGCCUUCUACCCCCUGCAAUUAUCCUGGUCUAGCAAAGUUAGUUCUUUCCAAAGAGACAUUGCAUCUACAAAUGAUUAUUGAUGGUCUAGUGAGAGCCAGAUGCAGCAUGUUCAGGAAGUGAUUGGCUUGGUGCUUGAAACCACAGACAAUGGACAAUUCCACUUUGAAAUAUCUAUGAAUAUAUACUGUGGAAUUCAAUUAAAAUUUCUUUCCUCCCUAGCUUUUAAAUUACACAACCUGAAACAGAUGCUGGUCUCUUACAAAGAACAAUGGCGCAGUGAAGGGAGAGAUCAUUGUCUUUUACUUAAACCUGAAAGAAUCAGCCUUUUAACAGGCCAGGGAGAUGGUACUUUCCAAGGAAUGAUGACUGAUCCAGGCAUGUUAUCAAACUUCCUAGUCGUCUCCACCUUUCCUGUAUUGCCUGUAGCUUGUUGUUUAAGAUUAACAAUCAGGGAGAUUAAGAAAUAUGACUUCAAGGCUUGCUCUGCUUACCUAUGUGAUUUUUUUUUUUAAGAUUUAUUUACUUAUCUGAGAGAGAGAGAGAGAGUGCAUGCGUGAGGGUGGGGGAGGGGUAGAGAAAGAGUCUUAAGCAAACUCCCCGCUGAGCUUGGAGCCUGACCCUAGGCUGGAUCUCAGGACCCUGAGCCAAAACCAAGAAUCGGACGCUUAACCGACUGAGCCACCCAGAUGCCCCUUGCAUAUGUAUCUCUAACCAAACAUUUCUUAUGUUUGGUAACCAAGACAGAAUUCCCUCCAUUCGUAUCUCCCCUGAGCAAAUGGAAGUGACAAGCUUCCAACAAAACGAAGACAUCCUUAACCUCUACCUAUAUCCUUUUCAUUUAUUUAAUGAUUUUAUGCCAAAAUUUGAAGAAAUCCCUUCUCCUCCUUUUUGUUGAACUUUUAAUUCAUUCCCGUGCAGGUGUCUUAGUUAAGGCAUGGUAUGAAUGAACUAUAUCUUGGUCACUGUUUUGUUUCAAAGGGUGAAUAAUGUGUUGUUACCAGAGAGAAAAUGAAUGUUACCCACAUGGUCUACUUCAUAAGGAAAAAUUGUCCUCCACAAUUAUGGUUGCCCUUUUGGGUUAAAUCUGGCCCUGUGCUGGCAAAAGCAGAACUUCUUCCUGGGGUAGUCUGGCAUCUCAAAAACAACUUCGGGAAAGUUAACCCAGCCAGCCACGUUAGGCUUACUAUUAAAGCUAAGUGGCAUAUAAUUUUCAGUAUCUGUACUUCUGUCAUACCAAAUUGAGAAACUGUAUUUAGUCAAUUGCAAGUGAACAGGUUUUUCUUUUGAACAAUUUGUUCUACAGAAGGCUGUUUUUCACUUUUCCUUUCCUUUGCAUUUUUCCCCUCUUUGCUCCUCUGUCUCAAGAAAUCACUUAGAGUCUAUGUGCCUCUUCACAGAACUGUAUUCUCUGCUAUGUCACUGAUAAGAUCGUCUUCUUUGGACUCCUUGUGUGAUACAAUGAUGCAAAAACCCAAAAUAACUGCAGCGUAGUGGUAGCAAUUUUUGAUGUUCUCAUCAGCAUAACAUUAUCUUUGCAGAGGAACGAUGACCCGUUACCUAGGUUCCCCUCUAGUCUGUUGUGAUUUAUAAAGAUAAAUAAACUAACAGAAGCUGCUCUUUGACAUUGUAAAGACAUUAGGAAUUGUAUUAAAGUAAGGAAAAGUUAAUUCCGAUUUAGUUAGUUAGUAAGACUCAAUCUAACAGGGGCAAUAUAGAGAAAGUACAUUAUUUAGCAUUAUCUCUUCAACUGUAAUGGAUUGCUAUAGAAAUCAGCAGGCAGAUCUCUAAGGUGUAUUGAUUGCUCUUUAAGCUACUGUGAACAGCUGAUUAAGGCUAUCUCUUCAUCUCUACGGGGGAAAUAGUCUGUAGGUGAAUAAUGUGACUUAUAUAGAGUUGCAUGUUAGUCUUUGUAAUUAUUUAACCUUUAACAUUCUACAGAACUCAGACAUGGCCUCAACAUGGUGUUAGACUUGUGCAUUUUGUUUUACUGACUAUCACAUUCCAGCCAAUGUAUGGUUAUCCACUCUGUGUGCCAAAACCAGUCAUGCCUUUCACCGCCCUCUAGUCCAGAGAAGUUCUGCACCCGGUUUUAGUCUCUUGCUGUCCUGAUGCUACAAGUAUACCAAUCACGAUGGAAUAAAGUGUGAAUUGUACUGUGA